AUGGCCCCAGUCUCACAGAUUUGUGUGCCGCAGGCGUCAAGGAAUGUCCUUUCUCAGAGUGUGUACUUUGCCAGCCCCGGGUUCGCUUUAUCACACUUGCCCCUCUACUCCCUUGCCCUAGUAACCACAGUUAGAGACCAGUCAGUCCUCGUGGUCGGCGGCAUUCUGGCAGUCGAGAGACCGGACUCGACUGCUGUGGCCUCCGAACAGGGUCUACACCAGCUCACCUCUCCCACGAACAACGCACAGACAAGACCUUCCUGA